AUGGUGUCCGACGUCCCGCAUUACAACACCCUGACAGUCAAACUACGUGCCAAUUUAACACUGAAUGGAACGAAUUUGAUUACAAUGAACAGAAAAAAAUUGUUAGUUGUUGGUCUGUUAAAUUUUGCUUGUCCAACAUGUUGGAAUCAGGCCACGAGAUUCAAUGAUCUUUAUAAUGAUUUACAGCACAAAGAGAUGACGGAAUCUGUUGUACAAAUAUUAUUGAUAAACGAAAAACGUGCAAGAAAUUCUUAUACACAAUCUCAUUUUCAAAAAUUACGUGUUUUGCAAGAUAAUGAAAAUGAUGAAAUAAUAAAAAAACUUGGUGGAAAAUCAAUGGAUACAUUUGUAUUUGGACGAUGUGGCUACCUUCAAUUUUCACAACAUCAUCCUGAUUCACUAUUGGAAAAUCCAAAAAAUUAUCAAUUAUUAUUAAAUCAAAUUUAUAGUGCCGUUAAAAAUAAACGACGAUGUCAAAAAUUAUGCAGCUAA